AUGGUCGCAGCCAAAUUCAUCAUCAUGGCCAUGGCCGCAGCUGUCACAGCCACUCCAGUCGCAUCAGCCCCCAAAGCUGAGUCUACUUCAUGGUCACCUCUCAACAUCGAGGACAAGAUUGAUUGGGAUGGCAUCGACAAGAAAGCCUUCAACGACCCAGCCAACUGGAACAACACCGCCUCAGCCGGUAUUACCAAAAAACCUGCUGAUUCCAUGACAAUCUUGGCUGGUCCUUGCGAGCAGGGUACUUGCCCUGACUACUUUGCGGCUUUCGACCUAGUGUACACCUUCACCGCCGUCCCUGUUCCCGGUGAUCCUCCCCUGACAAUCUUCUCCUCCAACUCUGACAUCCGAGUCAACGACUGCAACAACUGUCAGCGCACCAAAGUCGGCAGCAGUCUCGGUGGCACUGUUGCAGGCGGUUGCUUGGACUUCACCUCGUGUGGUCGCCCUCAGACAAUUUGCGUUGACCCCGGCAAGACCCGUGCCCACAGAAUCUGGAAGGACAAGAACGUCAAGACAUGCUACAAUAUGAAGGUUGAGUAUCUGGGAGAUUGCGGUUCUGUUAAGUCUCGGAUUGUCCUGCAUCCUACUGGUGAGACCGCGUGCAACUGGUAG